AUGUUCCCCACACCACCUUCCCAUGACACGUACCAGCCAAGUCCCACCUCGGGCCCUCUUUCCCAUCCAGGCAUGGCUAACUCCAAUCCAUGUACCCCAACCGCCCCGGCUACGGCCUCUCAGACAGCCGACAUCAACAGGACAGCCUUGGCAUCCCCCUAUGACCCUGCCUCCACUGUCAGCAUGGAGGCAGUCGGUCACGUUUUCCCUCAACUCACAAAAUUCCUUUUUGAUCAGUCUGGUCUAGAUGCCGCAUUUGCUCAGCCAGUAGGCUCCGCCCUCAAGGCCCAACUCUCUUAUGCCCUCGAAGUGUCCGAAACCCGCGAAGCCGAUCCCCUCAAACUUGUACUCAUCCUCUCCGAUUCUCUUCUCAGUUUGUUCAAAGACCACAACUUCGACUCCUGCAACAUUUGUGAGUGCACCUCCUCUGUGUUCGGCUCCGAAAUGGAGAUCUACCUACCCAAUCCGCGACUUCAACAACCGGCGCCGCCGCCG